ACCCGGCGGAGCAACAUUAUCCGGUUAUUGCUGGAGCUUUGAUGAACAAUUAGUUUCUCAGUUCCCUCCUGUUUUCUCUCAUCAGAUGGCCACCGAUCUUCUCAAAUUUCCUUUCCAAAUCACCGAAGCUGCUAUUUCUUCCCCAUUCCCCAAUCUACUCCCCACCAAAAAUUUCUCCCCUCUUCUAACGUUUCCGGCUUCUCAGGUUUUCCCAAUUCACCAUUUCCAGGUCUCCUUCUAUCCUCAUGCAACUCACAAAUUAAAAAGAACCCUUGCUACUACGCUUCAUUCCUCUCUGUCUUCUUCAACCCCACCCACCUCAAAGGAAGAAGCCGUUUCUCAGGCCAAAACCUGCCUCUGUACCACACUCCAAAAGCCCCUCAACAACAUUAGAUUUCCCGGCAGGAUCGUCAAGAAAGCAAAGCAACCCAGAUUCCGCGUCGAGAUUCCGGUCAUUGAUGAAUCGCCCAGGUCUCUGACUGACCUCGCUUUUGAGAUGUUUGGGGACCUACCCAUUAAGAUAAAAGGUUCCCCUGUUAAAAUUUUACUCCUCUGGCCAAGCCCCAUCUUGGCUGAUGCUGCCAGUAAAGCCUUUCUUUCUUGUUCUUCAGACCAAAUUGAACAAAUAGACAUUUCCUCAAUGGAUGGUUUAGAUGCCAGAGUUUCGAAUUCUAGUGUUGUGGCAGUGUUUCUGGGGCCAGAAUCUUCUCAAAUUCGAACUAUAAAGAGUAUUACUGAUCUUUUGUAUCCCAAUCCAGUGGUGAUUUUCAACCCCAAAUGGGCAUUUGAGGAGGAGAGUGAAUUUGGUGACUUGAGUGGAUUUGUUGGGUCUUUUGAUGUCAUUUAUUCCUUCAUGGGUUUGGAAGUUCAAGGGAUUUUGAACAAGAGAAAAGGGGUGAUUUUCAAGUGUGUGAGAAAUGGGGUUUUGAGUGGUGAGCUAUGGAAUGUGCUUGUUGAAGAGGAAGGAGGAGAACUGAAGGCGGUUUCGAAGUUCAAGGCGAGGCCAUCGAUCACAGAAGUCGAGAAUGUGUUGUACAAUUUGAUGGCCAUGAAUUCACCCAUCACCAAGUCUGCAAAGUUCUUGAAGGACUUGGUGUCAAAUGUAACUGGGAAAAAGUAAGUUUUGAUUUCAUGUCAUUGUCUUACAAAUCAUCUGUUUGCCUUUAGAUCUGAUCUACACUGAAUGUAUUUGCUUUUCAAUCU